AUGGCUGCUAAUAAAGGGAAAAAUGAAAACAAAGAAGGCGAUCAGAAGUUGACAAAUGGCACAAAUCCUGACCAACAAGCAAGAGCGAACGAGACGAGUUCUUCUUCUAGUCUGUCGACAGCCACCACACAUUGGAGAUCUGAGCCAAACAGCACUGAUUCAUCGCUCUCAACUGCCAAUCUUGUUUCAACUGUCGGAACUGAAGCAUGCUCAUCGACGAGCUCUCUGAGCACUGGAAAUCGUGACGAGAAAAAUUCUCCCAGCUCUGGCGGCAAAAUGGCAAAGACAAAAUGGGAUGGAAAAACUGUUCCCUUUUGGCGCAGCGGCAAAGAGAGCCACUUGGAUCGUACCAAGCGAUUCAAGUUGAAGAGCAAGCAGCCGGAUGCGCUGGCCAAGUUGAUGCAACAAACUUCUGAAGAAACUAAGGGGGCUAGCUAUCAAGGAACUAAGGCAGAAGGCUCAUCAGCUUCUUCAGUUUCUUCGACCAACAUGCUUCCCCAACAAGAAACGCCGUCAGCUAAGAAGAAGAUCGUCGAGAUCAAGUCCUCAUGCGAGCUGCCAACGCAUAAAUUAUCGGAUGCCGCAGUUCAGCCUGGAGCCAGCUCUUCGGCUGCGCGUUUUCGUGCACCUUCGCAUUCGAUAGAUUACUCGCAGGCCAGUAAUAGAGAUCAACAAGCUAAGGAUGAGAAGAAAGAAGAUAAUGAGAAUGCUUCGAGCAAGUAA